AUGGCGGCGAAUUCGAUGCAUAACCUGACGACCUUGAUUAAGAGGCUCGAGGCCGCCACGUCUCGCCUUGAAGACAUUGCCCAGUCCUCCUUCGACACUCCGCAUCCCGCCGCGGGGUCUCAACAAUCUGCCGCUGCCCCGAAGCCCGCUGCUCCCGCUCUCCCCCCUCCGGCGCCCGCAUCCUCCGCGCCCCCCCAGAUAGCGAAGGGGCCGACCCCCGUUCCGGCCGCCCAGGAGCCCGUCCCAGAGUUCAUUGAAGAAUUUGAUACCCUGACCAGCCAGUCGCUUUCCAAGUGGAUCAAAAUCAGCAAUGACAUCGGAGGCCUGGUUGCCGAGCAGGCCGCCAAGGUCGUCAAGGCCUUCGAGGAGCAGCGCAAGUUUCUUUUGAUCAGCACCAAGGCGAAGAAGCCGGACAUUGCAGGGGCCGGCGCUUCCGUGUUUCAAGAACUUGUGAAGCCCAUGGGUAGUCUGAUGGAGGCUAUUGUGAAGAUCAAGGAGGACAAUCGCAGCGACAAGCACUACAACAACCUCAGCACUGUGUCCGAGAGCAUUGUGGCGCUGGGGUGGGUCACGGUUGACGCCAAGCCGUUCAAGCACAUCGAAUCCAGCUUUGCGGCUGCCCAAUUCUGGAGUAACAAGAUUUUGACGGCUAAUAAGAACAAAGACGAGCAGCAGGUCGAGUGGGUCAAGGCAUUUACCCAAUUCUUCCGCGACUUCACCGAGUACGUGAAGAACUACUUCCCGAGUGGCGUUCCCUGGAAUCCGAAGGGUGUGCCGGCGACCGAGGCAGCUAAGGCUGUCAGCGCGCCUUCUGCCCCGGCCGCACCGGCGCCCCCUACUGCCGCUGGUGGUGGCCCUCCUCCUCCUCCUCCUCCGCCCCCGCCAGGUCCUCCCCCGGUUCUCAAGAUCAACGAGCAAAAGGCCGAAACUGGCGCGCCCAGCGGGCUCGGCGCAGUGUUCUCGGAACUCAACAAGGGCGAGGACGUCACUAAGGGCCUGCGGAAGGUGGACAAGUCCGAGAUGACGCACAAGAACCCAUCCUUGCGCGCCGGAUCGACGGUUCCUGAACGCGGCGCGGCUGCUGGAAGGGGUAAGAGCCCCGCGCCGCCAGGGACGAAGCCGAAGCCGGAGAGCAUGCGCGUCAAGAAACCGCCCAAGAAGGAGCUUGACGGGAAGAAGUGGACGAUUGAAAACUACGACAAGGAGCCCGCCCCCAUCGAGAUCGAAGUCUCCAUCGCUGAGUCCGUGCUCAUUUCUAAAGUCAACAGCAGUACCAUCAUCCUCAAGGGCAAGGCCAACCAGGUCACCAUCGAGAACACCAAUCGGCUCUCACUCGUCGUUGACUCGCUCAUCUCUACCGUUGAUAUUGUCAAGUCGGGCAACUUUGCACUGCAGGUCAUGGGGACCAUCCCGACUGUGUUGUUGGAUCAGGUCGACGGCGCGCAGAUUUACCUCAGCAAAGAGAGUUCGGCCACGCGACUGUACUCAAGCAAAUCCUCGAGCAUCAACCUGAAUGUCCUUGCGGGUGAUGGGGAGGACGAGGACUACAAGGAGAUACCACUGCCGAGCCAGAUUUGCUCCUGGUUCGAUCCGGAGAAGGGCGAUGCUGUGAAUGAAAUUGUCUCGCACGCGUCGUAA